AUGGUCCAUCGCACACCAGUUGAUUCUUCGGCCAGUUCGUCAGCCGCAUCCAUUCUUCUCCAGCUCAUCGAAGACUACCACGCCUUCAACCCAGGCGGGGUGCCCGUCCUGCCGUACCCGACGCCUCUCGAAUUCAGCAAACAAGUCAGUCGAGGUAGACCGUGCGUAUACCGUCUGGAUCCUGACAACCAGCCAGCCAGGCAUGAUGGGAGUCCUGACGUCGAUGGAAGUGGGAUCGGGGAUGGGCUUCCACCGUCACGAUCUGGAUUUUUUCGACGACGACGACAAUUGGAACGAGACGCCAAGGCUCGUGCAGAGAUGGAAAGUGUCCUGUUGCACCCUGCUUUCUCGUGGACCAAAAAAGCCCUGUGCGAAAAGGUCACAGAGGACGUCGACGUGGCUGUGACGCCGGACGGGAGAGCGGAUUCUUUGUAUACCAUACGGAGAGCAUUCUCCGGGUCUGGAACUCGACGCCGACGUCGACCGUCGCCGAGAUCGUCCAAGAAGAGUCGAGAAGGUGAUUCAACUUCUGACGACCAACAGAGUGGUCAUGGUCAUGGUCAUGAAGAAGGUGAAGGUAAUUGUAGCAGUGAGCAGGAGCAGGAACAAGGACAAGAGGAGGAGGAGGAGGAGGAGGAGGAGGAAGUCGAGGAAGUAUUUGUUCAACCUGCCACAAUCACAAUGUCGUUGUCAUCACUUUUUGAUAAGCUUAUUCCUCGAGACGUGGAGGAAGAGGAGGAGGAGGAGAGAGAAGAAAAAGAAAAGCCAACAUCCGAAUCAGCGGCAACAACAACAACAACAACAUCAACAGCGUCAUCACCUUCUACUCACCUCUCAGGCAUCAAUACACAUGAACCCGAUGAAAAGAAUACGAGGAACACUGGACCCAACGACCAAAGCGGAAGAACAAGACCCAGAAGACAAAAGUCCCGCCGCAUACACUAUCUUCAGUCUCAGAACAGUAACCUCACGAGCACGCCCCUCUCGCCUCUCCUCGCCGACCUCCCUCGUCAACUCCCCUUCGCGCACGACGUCCUGGGCGACCCGGAGGCGAUCAACAUCUGGAUAGGCACGUCGGACAGCGUGACCAGCACGCACCGCGACCCGUACGAGAACCUCUACGUCGUCCUGAAGGGCUGUAAGAAAUUCACCCUGUACCCGCCCGUCGAGGAACUGUGUUUGCACGCCACGAAAGUCCGGACGGGCCAUCACGUUCUCAUUGACGACGACGACCGUGGUGGUGGUGGUGGUGAUGGUGGUGGUGGUGACCGAGUAAAUGGGGAUUUUGAGAUCGUUCUCGACUGCGACGACGAUGACGACGACGACGACGACGACAGUAACAACGAUCAAGAUCAAGACUCACACACACCGCUGCAUCCAGGUCCUCCACCUCCAAACUCACACCCAGACCCAGACUCAGACACAGACGACGUCGGCAGAGGUAAAGGUACCAAAAUCCCUUGGAUCCCCAUUGACCCCGACCUCGUAACCUCACUGCCCCCCGACACCGUGGCGUCCAGGUAUCCUUACUACCGGUACUCGCACCCGGUCAGGGUCACCGUGUGGGAAGGGGAGAUCCUCUACCUCCCGUCGGGCUGGUUCCACCACGUCCGUCAAGAGUGUGGGGUCUGGGACGACGACGGCGACGACGACGACGACGGCGACGGAACACUCGCCCCCUGCAUCGCCGUCAACUACUGGUACGACAUGGACUACGAGGGCGAGAAGUAUGCCACACGGGAAAUGAUGACGCGGUUGGUUGAGACGGCGAGGAGAGGAGAUCAAUCUUGA